AUGGCCUCCUUCCACAGUCCGCUGAUCUUCAACCGGAUCCGUGGACCACCAAACCCACUCCGCUUGCAGCGCAGAUGGGCACGAGUUCAUGACGUUCGUUUCGUUGCUACCCGUGGUGAUACGAAGAGUAUUCUUGAAAAAUACAGGGACAAGUUAGACAAGAAAGCGAAGGAGGAAGGCCAUAAGUCGAUUAAUUCACUCAAAGAAGCAUAUCAAGACAGAAUCUCAGAUCUACGACGGAAGGCUACUACUAUCCCAUCUGCAGCAUCUCCAGCGCCGAAUCUAGCCUUGCAACAACCUCCACCGCCAGUACCUAAGCCGCAACUACCAGGCACGGUCGACCAUGCAGGCUGUCACUCCUCUACCCCUGGAAUCAAACCUCUAUCAGCCUGUCUUGAUCUAGCCAAAGUCUCCGCCCUGCCCAAGAAAGAGGUUGAGCAUAUCUGGCGUCUGCGUCAUGCUUCCGACCCACUCUCCCUUUGCGCUGUCAUUCCUAUCGAGACUUACAAUCGCAUCUAUCACACCGCUAAGAACCAUCCUCAGUUCAUCCUACCCCUCCCUCGACCCGCCGCCGGCAGGCAGCUCAAGGCUUCGAGGGCGGCCAAAGAACAGCUGCAGACAUCCACUUUCUACAAUGGGGCUUCCACCCACCUGCUGUACCUCCAGCAUCAGGUUCCGCCACGGUCAACACGCACACUUCAACUGUAUUGUUCACCCACCUUGCCUCCUUCAAGGUGCACGGGGCUGGAGGGGAGAGGCUUAAGUGCAGAAGAGGGAAGAUGGUUGGUGAUGUGCUUACAGAAAUUCUACGAUUUCGAAGGUCAUGGGGGCGGGAUUGGAAAAGAGAAAAGGCAAGGGCUGCUGGAGAAGUUCUCAAAGGGCGAUCAGGGCUUCAAUCUAGAUGAGCUGGUGGACGAAGCAGAAAGAGUGUCAUAG